AUGAGUGAGGUAUCUGCAGACACAGUCACCCUGGACCUGCUGAAAGAAGCAUGGGAGGAAGUGAGGACAAGCCCCCUGGGUGUCAUCAAUACCCCCAUGAUACCCUGGUGCCAGACCACCCUACCUCUGCAAACCAUCUGCAAUAUUCACAUCAAACUGGAAAACCUGCAGAGAACUGGGUCUUUUAAGAUCAGAGGAGUGGCCAAUCAGUUUGCCAAGAGGCCAAAGGGUGGGCACUUUGUGACCAUGUCUGCUGGGAACUAUGGAAAGUCUUUUGCUUAUGCAUCAAAACACUAUGGGUCAAAGGGCAAAGUAGUGAUGCCAGAAACUGCCCCUCUAUCUAGAUCCGUCCUCAUACAGAGUUUUGGCGUUGAAGUAGAGAGAGUGCCUACGUCCUGUCUGAUGAAUGUGGUGAACCGCUGUGUUCAGGAGGACAGCAUGACCUUCCUGCACUCCUACGAUGAUCUGGAUCUAAUAGCGGGCCAUGCCAGUCUUGGUAUGGAGGUGUUGGAGGUGAUGCCUGACCCUGAUGUGGUGGUGGUGUGCUGUGGUGGAGGGGGACUGCUGGCUGGUGUUGCUGCUGCCAUUAAACUGUCAGGAUGUGAUAAGACCAGGAUCUAUGGUGUUGAACCAACUGGAGCCUGCGCCAUGUACCAAAGUUUUGUUGAGAAGAAGCCUGUGGGUAUGGAUGCCAAGAGCAUUGCCUCAGGACUUGCACCACCUUUUGCUGGCAAGCUGCCCUAUGAGCUGUGCCAGCGUUACGUGGAGGGAAUUGUCCUGGUGAGUGAUGAAGAGAUCAAAGCAGCUGUGUCCAUUCUCUACAAGUCUGGACUCGUGGUGGAGCCCUCUGGCUCUGCUGCCUUUGCUGCUAUCAUUAACAACAAGAUACCCGAGCUAGAAGGGAAGAAAGUGGUGUGCAUCCUUAGUGGAGGAAACAUCGGCAAAGAUGAGCUCGCAAACUUCCCAGACUGACAAACGUACAUUAAUGUUAUGUAAGAAGUAUGUGCCAUUAUUUAUACUCAGGGAGAAAUCAAAAACACACUUACAUUAACUCUGUCUCUUUAUAAUCAAUCUGUGAAAAUGAAAAGCCAUUCAAGGUUUGAUAAAA